GGAGCGUGGUCUUGGGAGGCGGGGCGGCGGGGACGGGCAGGGCAGCGCCGGACGCUGAGGAGGUGGCGGCAGCUCUCGAGCAAGUAAGCGAGCGACCCUUGGAGACCCCCUCCGUUGGGGACUGGAGGCCGGCGAGUCUCGGGACCUCCAAACCCUUGAGGCGUGGGGGUGAGGCGCCAUUCGACAGCAUGGCCGAGCCCCUGAAGGAGGAGGACGGCGAGGACGGCUCUGGGGAGCCCCCCGGGCCGGUGAAGACAGAAGCCGCCCACACCGCUGCUUCUGUAGCGGCCAAGAACCUGGCCCUGCUUAAAGCGCGCUCCUUCGAUGUGACCUUUGACGUGGGUGACGAGUACGAGAUCAUUGAGACCAUAGGCAACGGGGCAUAUGGGGUGGUGUCCUCCGCUCGCCGCCGCCUCACCGGCCAGCAGGUGGCCAUCAAGAAGAUCCCUAAUGCUUUUGACGUGGUGACCAAUGCCAAGCGGACCCUCAGGGAGCUGAAGAUCCUCAAACACUUCAAGCAUGACAACAUCAUUGCCAUCAAGGACAUCCUGAGACCCACCGUGCCCUAUGGCGAAUUCAAAUCUGUCUAUGUGGUCCUGGACCUGAUGGAGAGUGACCUGCACCAGAUCAUCCACUCCUCACAGCCACUCACGCUGGAGCACGUGCGCUAUUUCCUGUACCAGUUGCUGCGGGGUCUUAAGUACAUGCACUCAGCUCAGGUCAUCCACCGUGACCUCAAGCCCUCCAACCUAUUGGUGAAUGAGAACUGCGAGCUCAAGAUUGGUGACUUUGGUAUGGCCCGUGGCCUGUGUACCUCGCCUGCCGAGCACCAGUACUUCAUGACUGAGUAUGUGGCCACACGCUGGUACCGUGCCCCUGAGCUCAUGCUCUCCCUUCAUGAGUACACACAGGCUAUCGACCUCUGGUCUGUGGGCUGCAUCUUUGGUGAGAUGCUAGCCCGGCGCCAGCUCUUCCCAGGCAAAAACUAUGUGCACCAACUACAGCUUAUCAUGAUGGUGCUGGGUACCCCAUCGCCGGCUGUGAUUCAGGCCGUCGGGGCUGAGAGAGUGCGGGCCUAUAUCCAGAGCUUGCCACCACGCCAGCCUGUGCCCUGGGAGACAGUGUACCCGGAUGCUGACCACCAGGCCCUCUCACUGCUGGGCCGCAUGCUGCGUUUCGAGCCCAGCGCCCGCAUCUCAGCAGCUGCUGCCCUCCGCCACCCCUUCCUGGCCAAGUACCAUGAUCCUGAUGAUGAACCUGACUGUGCCCCACCCUUUGACUUUGCCUUUGACCGGGAAGCCCUCACCCGGGAGCGCAUUAAGGAGGCCAUCGUGGCCGAGAUUGAAGAUUUCCAUGCAAGGCGCGAGGGCAUCCGCCAACAGAUCCGCUUCCAGCCUUCCCUGCAGCCUGUGGCUAGUGAGCCUAGCUGUCCUGAUGUUGAGAUGCCCAGUCCCUGGGCUCCCAGUGGGGACUGUGCCAUGGAGUCACCCCCACCAGCCCCACCACCAUGCCCUGGCCCUGCACCUGACACCAUUGAUCUGACCUUGCAGCCACCCCCACCAGCCAGUGAGCCCGUCCCACCAAAGAGAGAGGGCGCCAUCUCAGACAACACCAAGGCAGCCCUCAAAGCGGCCCUGCUCAAGUCCUUGAGAAGCCGGCUGAGAGAUGGCCCCAGUGCACCCCUGGAGGCUCCGGAGCCUCGCAAGCCUGUGACAGCCCAGGAGCGCCAGCGGGAGCGGGAGGAGAAGCGGCGGCGUCGGCAAGAGCGAGCCAAGGAGCGGGAAAAGCGGCGGCAGGAGCGGGAGCGCAAGGAGCGGGGGGCCGGGGCCUCUGGGGGUCCCUCCACCGAUCCCCUGGCCGGACUGGUGCUUAGUGACAAUGACCGCAGCCUGCUGGAGCGCUGGACUCGCAUGGCCCAGCCCCCUGCCCCUGCCCCUGCCCCAACACCACCCCCAGCCCAGCCCACCAGUCCUCCACCUGGCCCUGUAGCCCAGCCCACUGGCCCCCCACCACACCCUGCAGACUCCAUCUCUGGCCCUGCACCCCAGCCUGCCUGCCCACCCCCUGGCCCUGCAUCCCAUGCCACUGGCCCUCCAGGGCCCAUCUGUGUCCCUGCUCCACUCCAGACUGCCAUCUCCACCAGCCUCCUGGCCCCCCAGCCACUUGUGCCACCCCCUGGGUUGCCUGACCCCAGCACCUCAGGAGUCCUGCCUUACUUCCCAUCUGGCCCACCACCUCCAGACCCUGGGGGGGCCCCUCAGCCUUCCACAUCGGAGUCACCUGACGUCCACCUGGUAACCCAGCAGCUGUCCAAGUCACAGGUGGAGGACCCCCUGCCCCCUGUGUUCUCAGGCACGCCAAAGGGCAGCGGGGCUGGCUAUGGUGUUGGCUUUGACCUGGAGGAAUUCUUAAAUCAGUCUUUUGACAUGGGCGUGGCUGAUGGGCCACAGGAUGGCCAGGCGGACUCAGCCUCACUCUCAGCCUCCCUGCUUGCUGACUGGCUCGAGGGACAUGGCAUGAACCCUGCCGACAUUGAAUCCCUGCAGCGUGAGAUCCAGAUGGACUCUCCCAUGCUGCUGGCUGACCUGCCUGACCUCCAGGAGCCCUGAGGCCCACGGCCUGUGCCUUGCUGCCAGGGCAGAGCCAGCUCCAGUGCCCAUGGGAGCAUUCCUGGGGACUGUAGCCCUGGGCCCAGCGGGUGAGGCUCAGCUUGGAUGAUUCUGCAGGUUCAUCUCAGACCCACCCUUCAGCCUUAAGCAGCCACCUGAGCCACCACAGAGCCAUGACAGGAUUGGGAGACCCAGACUCCCUCUGGACGAUCCUUUUCAGUAUUGUAUUUUUAUUUUUAUUAUUAUUAUUAUUAUGUUAUUAUUACAGUCUUUUUGUCAUCAAAACGAGGCCUCUGAAAUACAAGGUUCCCUUCA